UCGCGACGUGCUCGUAACCGCGGUGAGCUAGAUCGCGCGGGACGCAGAGGCGGACGGAGCGAGAAGCUUGUAGGAGACCCGGACACACAGACCGCAAACACGGACUUCUUGUGGGAUAAGCGAACCGGCCUGGCUGCGCGAGCGAUGCCGCACUCCAGACGGUACCAGUCAUCGGAGAGGAGCAGCCGCGGCAGUUAUCGGGACCGGUACAGAAGCCGCAAGCACCGGAGGAGAAGAAGCAGAUCCCGAACGAGCAGCGGCGACAGGGGGCGCAACCGGCGCCACCGCCGCAUGGACAGCUACCACGAGCGAUCACGCAGGAUCUUGUUUCCCCUCCGCAGUUACGAUGACCGAUCCCCAGACAGAAGAGCUUACGACCGGCGCUACUGCGAGACGUACCGGCGGCACGAUUACAGCCGGGACAGAGGCGAGGUUUACUACGACGCCGACUACAACCACUCCUACGACUACCGGCGCUCCCGCGAGGACAGCUACCGGAGCUGUAAGAGCAGCCGCCGCAAGCAGAAGCGGAGGAAGCGCCGAAGCAGGUCUUAUAGCCGCUCGUCAUCGCGAAGUCGCCAGAGCAGCCGGCGUGCCAAGAGUGUGGAAGACGACGUGGAGGGUCACCUGAUCUAUCGCACCGGCGACUGGAUACAAGAAAGAUAUGAGAUUGUGAGCACGCUGGGCGAAGGCACGUUUGGGCGCGUGGUCCAGUGCGUGGAUCACAGGAGGGGGGGAUCCCGAGUCGCUUUAAAAAUCAUUAAGAACGUUGAGAAGUAUAAGGAGGCGGCGCGCCUGGAGAUUAACGUCCUGGAGAAGAUCAAUGAGAAGGACCCGGAGAACAAGCACUUGUGCGUACAGAUGUUUGACUGGUUCGAUUUCCACGGCCACAUGUGCAUCUCCUUUGAGCUUCUUGGCUUGAGCACUUUUGACUUCUUGAAGGAGAACAGUUACUAUCCGUAUCCAAUUCACCAAGUGCGCCACAUGGCCUACCAGGUGUGCCACGCCGUGAAAUUUCUUCACGACAAUAAACUGACUCACACGGAUCUGAAGCCGGAGAACAUCUUAUUUGUGAACUCCGACUUUGAGCUCGCCUAUAACGUGGACAAGAAGAGAGAUGAAAGGUGUGUGAAGAGCACAGACAUCCGCGUCGUGGACUUUGGAAGCGCCACUUUCGAUCACGAGCACCACAGCACCAUCGUGUCGACGCGGCACUACAGAGCCCCUGAGGUUAUCCUGGAGCUCGGCUGGAGCCAGCCAUGUGAUGUGUGGAGCGUCGGCUGCAUUAUCUUCGAGUAUUACGUGGGGUUCACCCUCUUCCAGACGCACGACAACCGAGAGCAUCUGGCCAUGAUGGAGCGUAUUCUGGGUCCGGUUCCCUCAAGAAUGACCCGGAAGACCAGGAAGCAGAAGUAUUUCUACCACGGCCGCCUGGACUGGGACGAGAACACGUCUGCCGGCCGCUACGUCAGAGAAAACUGCAAACCGCUGAGGAGGUACUUGCUGUCCGAGGCCGAGGAGCAUCACCAGCUGUUUGACCUGAUCGAGGGCAUGCUGGAGUACGAGCCGUCCAAGCGCAUCACGCUGGCAGAGUCUCUCAAGCACCCGUUCUUCGAUGUUUUGAAAAUGGACUCGGCUCCAAAGCACUGGGGCACCGGCCGCGACAUCAGCCGAUAGGGGACGCCGGAUGGGCACCGUGUGCCGAGAGGCCCCUUACAGACUGAUGCUUCUGAACACAUGAAUUUCCACUCAGAAUGGUGCUUUCGUGUUUUUUAACCGGAUGAACUGAAGCUGUUAAUAUGUGAAUAACUCUAUAUAUGAUGUAAAUCCUGUAAAGCGCGUGUGUGUGGGGGGGAGGGGUGUCUGCCGUGUAAAUAAAGUGCUUUCCCGCGCGGACGCUGCCGGUAACUUAUGAUGUCAGUGUUAGGAGGAUGAGUCGCUGCUCGGGGGAGGUCGAUGCUUUUGUGCGCCUUCCAGAGUUUUUAUAUUAUUUUGUACAGCGUUUGUGAGAAAUAAAUCCGAUAUCUUUG